AUGUCGUCGGCCCCGACUGCUUACAAGAAGCGCAACGGCACUCUGUCGGUUGGCGCAGACAGGACAUCGUUAUUCUGGACUCCCUCCGAACCUCCGUCCUCUCCGCCUUCACUCACGAUUGCCAUCAAGGACAUCACAAACCUGCAGCAAACCCCCGCGGGAAAUCCCAAGGUCGCCCUGAAAGUGGUUGUUUCGCCAGCAGGCGCUACCGGACCAGAGAACCACGUCUUUUCCUUUACCUCUGCCGCAGCACGAGCCGAACAAGAAGCCAUCACCGACAUCCUACGAAAUGCAAUCGCCGCAAUCAAGACCGCCGAACCCCCCAAGCCUGCGCCAGCACCCGGACCGGCCCAAGAUGCGUCCGCCCCUUCAGCAGCCAUGGCUAUGGCUCAGGCUGUCUCAUCGGCUAUCAAGACGAACGAGAGCUGGUAUGACGAUACCUAUCUCAUUACCGACAUUGAGUUGCAGAGAUCACUUCUCGAUGCGAAUCCGGCAUUGAGACAACGGUUCAACGAAAGUUUAAGGGACAGGCCAGAGACUAUCACAAUUACACAAUUCUCUACACAGUUCUGGUCUACGCGGCUACAUCUACUACGCGCUCAUGCGAUCGAGAAAGCACAGAACCAGGGCGACUACAACGUUUUGCCCGAGAUCAAAUUUACGCGAGUGGCUUCCGAAAAAGAAGGCGAAGCCGACUCUUUGACGCUUCGUCUGGCAGGCCCUCAGAUCAAAUUGAUCUUCAAGCAAUAUCCUAUCGUCAGACAAGCCUACAACGAAAAUGUCCCUCCCACCGAUAGCAACACGUUCUGGUCACGAUUCUUCAUGAGCAGACUGCUAAAGAAGCUCAAAGGUGAAAAGAUCACCGACGCAGAUGCACCAGAUCCGAUGUUUGACAAGUACUUGAGUUAUCAAGAGAAGGGGCCAUCAAACAUUGGCUAUGUUCCACAUUUCAUUGACCUCGAAGGUAACGAGCAAAAUCACAGUCAACGUCAAGGAAACAGGCCAGACGAGACGAUGCGGCCCGAAAAGGUGCCGAUAUUGAGAAUCCUCAACAACUUGUCAGAAAAAAUGAUGGCUCAAGUGGCACCGACGGACGGCGGCGCUCAUGCACCCAUCGGUAUGAGCGAGGAUGCAUUCAAUGAGCUUCGACUUCGAGAUCUCCAGACUGAAGCUGGGGACAAUCGCGUGGUCUUGAACAUCAAGGAUCAGCAACGCUUACUGGGUGGUAAACAACAGAACGGGCUAUCAUUAGAAGCACGGCUCUAUGCUAAGCAACCACCUGCAGGUGUGCUAGAACAGUUGCAUACAGAGAUGGCUUCUGCGGCUAGAAUCAACCUCAGCAAGAUGGUUGGCAUGCAAUCGGACAGUGAGGACUCAGAUGAUGAAAGCCGAGCAAGUAAGAGAGUGCGGAUAGGAAGCAAAGGCGCGCUUACACAGUCUACUCAAGAAAUGCUGGCAUCGAUCAGCAGACGCAGGUUGGCAGCGUCGGCAGACGUGUCGUCACGAAGAGGGCUGUCGCAGACGACAUUCGACACUCUGUGUCUGACGCACAAUACGACAGUAGAGUUCCUCCACUAUUUCUGGACGCUGUUUCUGUCUGGAGAUGGAUCGAGGAGUAACGAGGUUGCAAAGCUAGUCGAGACUCUGGAUCGAUCGGUUGACCGGAUCAAGAUGGUGUCAGACCAGGCGGAAAAGGAAAAGGCACAGGAAGCAGAGAGCCUGAAGAAGCAGAUUUCGACACUAAACGCCAGGUCAACAAAGCGUCGACGGAUGGAGAUGGAUCUGGACAGGCUAGGCGGAGGGAGGCAGGCGGUGGAGGAAAUGGUUCAGCCGACGAUCAAAGCACUGGCGUCGGCGACGGCACAAUACCGCAAGGCAUUCGAGGAACAGAGUGCACAAGCGGCGGCGUGA